UUGAUAAGCCAAAUGUACAGUGCGUUGAAUUUGAACCGGUCAUAUUUUGAGGAAUAAAAAAAGUCGGUGAGUCAAGAGUCUUGUGACAUAGAUUGUUUGUCCGUUUUAACAAGAGAAACCGAGAAAAUUUGUUUGGAGAAAACAGAGGAAGGGGUUGAAGAUGGAGGAACUUGCAGGGCUUCUGAGGAUCCGAGUGAAGAAAGGGAUCAAUCUCGCUAGACGUGACUCUCUAAGCAGCGAUCCUUUUGUCGUCAUAACCAUGGGAACACAGAAACUGAAGGGUCGUACUGUGGAAAACAACUGCAACCCUGAGUGGAAUGAAGAGUUAACACUUGCCCUCAAACAUCCCAAUGAACAUGUGAUUCUGAUUGUGUAUGAUAAAGAUACAUUCACAUCUCACGACAAGAUGGGAGAUGCGCAGAUCGACAUCAAGCCGUUUCUAGAGGUUCAUAAACUUGGUUUGCAAGAACUUCCUGAUGGGACGGUGAUCAAGAGGGUUUUGCCCACCAAAGAAAACUGCUUGUCUGAAGAGAGUAGAAUCGUCUACCAUAAUGGCAAGAUCGUGCAGGACAUGAUUCUUGUCUUGAGGAAUGUCGAAUGCGGUGAAGUGGAGAUUCAGCUUGAGUGGAUUGAAAUUCCAGGUGGUAGAGGACUCUGAAAACACACAGUUGAAAAUGUUUUCAUGUUCCUAAUAUGUGUGUGUAUGUGUGUGUUUGUAAUAAAAGCCACAGGUUCUGUAAUAAAAUCACACUUUGUUUUGCGUAGCA